AAAAGUCUUGGACUGUACCCUUCAACGACUUCGCAUUGAGAACUUUAUUUGACUACCAUCGCUUAUUCUAUUACAUCUUGCGAGAGUUUGUAGGCCUAUAAAAGUGUUUGCUCCUCUGAAAUUUCAUUUAAAGAAGACCAGCAUCGCAAUGGAGUCUAAGACGGUCAUUUUUUUCUUCGCUUUAGUGGUUUUGGCUGUCGCCGAGGAAGCAAAGCCAACACACAAAGACACUUUAGAAAAAACGAAACUUAAACGAGGAUUAGGUGGACUUGAUUAUGGAUUCAAUCCGUACUCGUAUCCAAAUUUUGCCCCUUCCAAUUUUGAUACCAAAGGAUUAUCUCCAUAUUUCCUGCCUGAAAAUAAGAUUCCAGCUUCCUUGGAUCCAGUUUUCAAAAUUUCACAAUCAGACCCCGAAGCAAUUCAGUUUCACUUGAACCAAUCGCCAAUUUUUAGAUAUGCACCUUUGCCUUUUCAACAAAACGAUGCACCUUUGUUAUUCAAGCCCGAAAUUCAUUCGUUGGGACUUCCUCAGACGUAUCAAGCUUCUGAAAAUCGUCAUACUUAUCAACCUUCUUCAAUUCCGCAAAGUCAUCAACCUUGGGAAUUUUCUCAAACUUUUGGGUUAUCAGCAUUUCCUCAAAACUAUAAACCUUCAACUCCUCAGCAUUAUCAGUCUUUGGGGCUUCCUCAAACCUAUCAAUCUUUGAGUCAGCAAUAUUUUAAUUCUCACGCCAAAGAAGAGGUCAAGCCUAUCUAUGAAGAUAGACAAGAGUAAUUCUGUUGAACUUGAUUUAUUAUCGUCUGUAUCUGUGAUGAAAAAACUUAUUUUAU